CGCCCUGCUACGCAUCUUUCGGUUUGAUUGUCACAUCCAAGCUAACUCACAGCUAAUGUAUAUGAGAAGCACGAGUAUAUCAAUAUGUUCACAGGACAAUUAACAUUACCAUCUUCAUCGCAUAUUGAGCAGCCAUCAUGUCGAGGUUGAACUCACACACCAUGUACGAAGAGAUCAACGCAACCAGUCUUGAGACGUCCACCACGUCUGAGAUCAUCUAUCCUGUCGCCGUACAGCGAAACAAGUCCACAAUGGCGUUGGGUCCCAAGGCCGCAGUGCCAGUGAGCAAACCAGACCGUUUGCUUUUCAGGUUGGAGAAAUUGUUCAGACCAACCAAGGACCUGGGCUCUGUCCUCACCACCUUCAACUACUUCCUCUAUCUCUUGGCCUACUUUGACGCCAAAGCCCACAACUUCAAGUCCCAAGCCCUGUCCCUCGUCACGAAACAUGCCUCUGUUGACGGCGCCCUUUCCAGUACCACCGCCCACCCCGAGGGUUCGCCCUUUGCCAAACUGGGGGCAGUGGUCUACAACGCACGCACGACCCUGCGCCUCUUCGGCCUUCUCCCCCUCUACGUGAGGGCGAGAAAGCUGAUGACUGACUCGAAGGACAUGGACAAGGUGCUUUGGGCCGUUUCCGCAGUCCAAUGCUCCCUGUUUGCCAUUUUCCAGUUCCUCGAAAACGUGGCAUUCCUCACCGAAAACGGCGUCUUGACGUCCCGUGCCAGGGCUGGUCAGUUGGGCGGACGCGUGGCAGCCAUGUACAAAAUAGCACAUCGUGCCUGGUUCCUGGGCCAUGUGUGCGACUUUGCCCGUUUGAUGCGCGAGGCGCAAAUUUUCUUCCGCAGGAAGCACAUCGACAAGGAGGAUAUCACUGAGGAGGAGGCCGAGAGGGCAUCCCAGUGGUACUACGACUGGAUUCGCCCGCUGGCCUGGCUGCCGAUCGGUUGGCAGCUCUCGGCGUGGACGGAGGACGGCAUGUCGGGCAAGUUCAACAAUUUGGGACUUCGGGGCGUUGCUGGUGUCUUGGCUGAUUUGAAGAGGACGGCUACGCUUUGGGAUGCCACCAAGGAUGCCUGAGUCAAGUUAUAUGGGUGGUUUGGGCAUACACACCAGAAACACCCCUCGGGAUGGCUCUAUGCCAGUUCAAGUUGUGAGGCUCUGGAGACGACUUGCCUUGUCUAAAUCCUCUUGAUUUCUUCUCCAUCUUGGUUCUACUUCCCUUGUCUGUCUUUUUCCGUAUAGCUCGUCCACACGUAGUUAGUCUUAGUCUUCAUUCCCUCUUCUCCUGUCACCCACUCAGAUGUUCAUCAUUACAACUAGUUGUAUCAAUCACAUUGCUUUUGUCCCUCAUGCACAUGUAGUUUAGUGUGGAAGUGAGGCAA